AAGCCCCAUAUAUGCCUCAGCUUAUAGCAAAUGCAAGAGAACAAAUUACAAGAGUUCUUAAAGCUGAAUUGUGUAAAAAAGAUCAAAUAAAAACUGCAUUAAUUGCUCAAUAUAUAUAUCAUGGGCAAGUUAGCAAAGGAAAAGAAGAAGAUAUCAAUGAACAUAUAGAUAAAUCUAUAUUAGAAAUAGAUGAGAAAAUAGACUCAUUUAUGAAAUCAGGAUCAGGAUGGAAUUUGGUAAGAAUUGAAACAUUAACUAUUGAAGCUUAUACUUUGCGAAGAGCUGUUGGUGGAUCAUAUAUCUCAACUCUAAAAAAGCUUGCUAAUACCAAAUGUACAAUCAAUCCUGAUAAUUCAAAAAUAAUCGAUCCAGUUACAGGUAUACCAUCUGAUAAUUGCCUUCAAGGAGCAUUAGCUUGUUAUUUUGCUAAUAAAGAUGGACAUACAGAACAUCUUGAACGAAUAUUUACUAAAAAAGAUUAUAGGCAAUACUUAAAUAUAGUCAAUUUAGAAAUGCCUACACUAAUUUGCUCAUGUAUAUUUAAUAAGAUUGAAGAGAUGAAUCCUGAUAUCUCUAUCAAUGUCUGA